AACACGCAUACAUGUUAUCUAUAAGCUGAGUUUAAUCAAUUUGAUUGUGAAACGUAUUAUUUUGAUUUAAAGUUCGAAAGGUAAUAACACGAACAAAUUCAAAUUUUCAUAAGUUUUACCAAAAGAACGAAUUCCAAGCAACAAAUGCACAGCAACGCACAAUGAAUGAGUAGUUGUUUACAAACAAAUGCGCUGAAUACAAAAUACAAUACAUAAACAGAUUUGCAUGAACGUUACUUCUAAUACUUGUUGAAGAGUGGAAAAUGGAGGACACAUGUAGUGUUCCGAGCUCUUCUGUCAAGAAUAGUUGCGCACAUUGCAACAGUGAUCCUGAUAGAUGUAAGCUGCACGAAACAACAUCGGAACCUCUUAAUGAAAAUCACAUUCCAGAUUUCGAAAGUGGUGAUAACGUUCCAGGCUCCGUCCAAGAAAUUGGCCAGGCAAGCGCUUUUGAUAGAAAGCCAUCGACAGUGUUAUAUGGAUUGCAUAAUGAUACGAACGUCUGCAUGAACAUACGCGAAGUAUGUGGUCAAGAAUCAAUUAUCGCACAUAACGUAAUAAAUGAUGACCGGUCCAAUACAAAACCGAGAUGUGAAAACGAACCAGGCGAUAUAGAUUUUGGGUCUGUUGAAUCGUUACGCUGUAGUGACUUUGAAGGGUCGGUCACAAAUAUACAUGUAAUGGUUGAUGUGACAGAAAACGAAAACAUUGAUGCAAAUGAUGAGAAAGGUACUACGACGGAAGAGAACUUGGUAAGACGAAGUCGUGCUAAAGAAAUCGGUACGCAGACGGAGGGCAUGGAUCCAUUUACAUAUGACUUUAAUCGGAUUUUGAAUAGUAAAUACACAGAUGGAAACUGUCAAGGUAAAUAUUUCAAAGAAACUUCUUCAGACGGAGAAACUGUCGAAAUCAAGAACGACGAAUCAGCGUGCGUCGGAGGUUUUGGGACAAAAGAAUAUGCUUGCGAUGAAACGAACAUUACUAGUGAACAUUUACAUUCACAUUGCAAUGAUCAUUUUGACGUCAUAGACUUUGGUCUGACAUGUCCGCAUUUUAAUAUAAUCAUGACUGAACAGAAUAAACGGAGUGAUCAUAAUAAAACUGCAAUCGGAAAUUUUAUGGAUACGGCGUUUUGCGAGCCGAAUAAAGAAAGUGUAAUCGACACUUGCGAUUACUUGAUUCCUUUUAGGGCGGAAUAUACAAAUACUGUUAAAUUCAAACUAGACACUGAGAGUAAUAAACAACAAGUGGAGUUGGUCCAAGAUAAAAAACGCGCAUUAAAAGAGAACAACUCAAUAUUGGCAGAUAGAGAGAUGGGUCAACAUAUCGAAUGUCAUUCAUUGAAACUCAUUCUGAAAACAACUCGCAUACACCUUUCGUAGCGGCAAAGGAUCGUCUGAUCUGCGGUUCAAUUAAAAACGAAAUUGAAACAAGCCAAACAUGUACAAGCCAUGUCCAAUUUGCCAACAAAUUUGGCUGUCUUGAUAAUUGUUUCAAUUGUUUGGAGGUGUACAGCAAAGAAGGAAAAAUGGCUGCAGAGAAUCAAAAUGGAACCGACAAAAUACUCAUCGAAGCUAAAGCUCAUUGUCCUAUACAUCCGUCUUCAACAGUCUCAAAGUGCAAGUUUGAUGAAAAAACGUUUUAUACAGACCGACAUUCGGUGACUGAAAUUAAACUGGAUAAUUUUCAAGACUGUAUUCAAAUAUCUCGCGGCGAUUUUUCCGAAUCAAUAGAACACAGGAAUAUGCCGAAAACAGCCUUUUCCCCAAAUUGUGAAGAUAACGACGACAAAAGUUUUCAAGGGAAGUGUAAAUGGUCGACAGACAAGGAACUGAAUGAAAAUAUUAUCGACGCCACGUGUAAAGUAACUGAUUGUUCCUGUUUACGUUUAGCCGAUAAAGUUGUAAAUUCAUGUAAAGAAGACAUUGCUACCUGCGAAGAAAUGCAUACAUGUGAAACGAAUAUGGACGGACUUAAACUGGAGUCAGUUGUCAAAAUCAGUACAAAAACAAAUAAACAUGAAAACAAUCAUAGUUUACUUCAUACUGUUGUAACAACUUCAACGAAAUCCGAGUCAAUACACAAUUCAAAUGAGAUGGAAAUGGGUGAUGGUAAUUUUAAAUAUAUGCGCCAACUAAUGGGGAAACUGUGUGUCGAAGACUUUCAGAGAACGUCAUCGUUUGAGGAUCACGGUCGCGAGACGAAUUUAACUAAAAAUUCUAGAAAAGAAUCAAUUAAAACUUACUCACGAAACAAUCAUACUCAUGAUAUUAAAUGUGUACAACACGACGCCGCAUACAAAGCAUGCGCAGAUCGCAGCCAUGAGUUACCAGUUCGUCAUGUGCUGGUCGAAAACCGAGAGGAGGCAUGUGCGCAAUUGAUCAAUACAGUUUCUGAGGGAUCUUUGCUUGAAGCAUGUUUAGAAUCGCAUCUGCCAGAAGUGAAUAUUACCGAACAAACACUUUACACUAUGAAUUUGGAUGAAUCUGGGGUGAUAAUCGGUGAAAAACUAUGUGUACCCGGUAAAAGAAAAGUCGAUCACAAUUUUGGACCUGAACUCGGCAACUCUGCGGAAUGUUGUACAAGUCUGCUUGAAAUACCCGACAUAACGUGUGCAACUAUAGAUUGUACCUUUUUCGACGUGGCAAAUGGUAAUCUUACGAACCCAAGUUUACACGCUGCUAAUUUAGUGUCCGACACAUGCCAAAGUCCACAAAGGGCGGUGUAUGACACCCGUAAAUCAAUGCGUCACAAAAGCAAUGAAAACGUUGAAGACUCACUUGCAAAUGAGAUUGAGGCGAGUAACAAUCGGUGUUUAAAUAUGAUUGACACUGGUGUAAAUAAAUUUGCAAACGCAAAUACGCAAGGAGGAUUAGAUCCUGAUGUCAAUUUUACAGAAAACAGUGAUACUGCUACGAACGUUACUGAUGAAAUCACUCAACAAAGAGUCGAAAUUUUGGAACAUCUUGUUGGAAAAUAUGAGAACAAACACCUGUCUUUGGGAUGUGCCCAUCAAGAAAAUUGUAUUUCUGAAACUGACAGAACUGAUAUAAAUUGGGAAGUUGUAGAUGUCAAACAAUGUACUCCUUCAGUUGCAGUUGCCAAUGCGGUUCAAAGAUUAGCCGUUCCGGAAUGUGAAUGUUCUUUUGAUGAUGCACUUAAUUCCACGACUGAUACGGACGACGUACAGUGUGCAAAUGGAAACGAUUUGAUUCAUGAACACCUCUCUGGAAAAACAUUACGGCGGGAAGGAAUACUUGUUGCAAAUGCAGUUGAUGUGUCGUUUGAAAAUCGUAGUAAAGAUGAUACAGAAACCCAUAUUGGUAAUGCGAAUGGUGAACAUGUCCAAAUAGCAGUAGCGCUUGAAGAUUUAACCACUGAAGACAUUCGUUUGCAAGUCGUAAAUGAAGAACUAUCUUUUCAUAUGAAUAUACAUAGUGAAAGCAAUUGUCAACAAAGUAAUUGUUGUUCCAAUUCUACAAAUGAAAAUGUCGAAAUGUUCGACUAUUCCAUUGCUAAUAACGUUGACGAAAUUCAUGCAGAUAUCGCUGGUAUUUGCGGAGAAGUAAAUACAUAUGAGACUAAUACGUAUAAACUUUGCAUUAAUGGUUUACAAAAUGAUUGCUCGGUUAUCACAAAUAAUGGUCCUGGUAUAAGUACGUCGGAAAGUUUUGAAUGUAAUAUUUCAACUCCAAUAGAUUCUCUUGAGGUACAAGGUAAUGUUUUGGUAACAGACGAAUCAGUUUUUGACAGAAAUGAGACAACGCACAUACCUGCGUCUGAAAUGGGAGGAUUACAUGCAUAUUUUCCCGAUAUGUUGGAGGAGACGUCUGUUAAAGUGACUGACGAUUAUAAUGUCCUUUCGCGUCAAAUCGACGUUGAAACAAUGAAUAUCGAAUGCGAAUCAUUGACUGUCGACCGAAAUGAAAUGACUUUAUGUGCAGUCAACAGCAACACCUUUGUCGAAUCACCGGAGCCACUUUUAAUGAUCAUAAGAAUUUAUGACGGCCAACAAGUGUCAUCUCUAUCAACCACAUUACCAAACGACACCUUUCGGGAAGGACCAAACGUAUCGGUUGGGUCAAUAUGUUUAGACGCCGAAAUUGAUACCGAUGAUCCAAUAAUUUCCCUAUCCUCAAAUUCGACGGCUCCAACGGUCGAUCUUCACCCAAGUCGUAACAGUGAUAUACUUCCAGUUGUAAAUCCCAGUCAUGACCAUUGGGCGACGACCGUUUCCUAUGACAAUCCCACUGAUGAACCACCAAUGGUUUCGUUGGUAUCACAAUAUUCAGGUAUAACGGUCAACUUGCAUCCCGGUCGAAAUCGAUUCUUGCGUCCAGUCUAUAAUGUGGCACGGGCAGCGUUUAAUGACAACUCAACUGAUGGACCGAUAAUUUCUCUGGCAUCAGGUAUAACGGUAGACUUGCAUCCCGGUUUGAAUAGAUUCAUGCGUCCAGUCGAUCAUGUGGAACAAGCACCGUUAAAUGACAACUCAACUGAUGGACCGAUAGUAUCUUUGGCAUCAGUGACGUCCCAGUCGUUGCCUCUUCCGAGCUUACAUAUCGGCAUGGGAAACCCCACUACCCGAUAACCAUUUGAGACGGCACCCAUAAAACUGCGUACCAGUUAUCUAACGAGUGGAAGAAACAUUGAAACACUUGAAAUCCAAUACUAUACGGUUGCAUGCUACUUGAUAAUGCAAUAUUAUAAGUAGAAGUCGAUUAGAUGUUUUUAAAUAAUCGACUCAUUUUUGUACAGUUUAAAGACCAUAUUUAUAUUCGUGUGUAACUAGAACUUUGAUUACUUGUAUGACAUGCAAAUACUUGCGAUUUGUUUGAUACAUAACAAGGUGAAUAUUUUGUUGGGUAUGUUGCGAUCACUCACAAGUGUGCAUAUACCAUGACUUUGUCUGAAUUAUAAAUGUGUAUUUUUUUAUGUUAUUAUGUUGUUGUUUUUUUCAUUUGGUAAGAUUCUUUUUAAAAGUGGGUAAAUAGUAGAAGUUAAUAUUUUAAAAGUCAUACUAAACAUGUACGAAGUUUAAGUGUUUCUUUCCAAAUAAUUAUGUGUAUUGGUUUUCUUUCUUAUAUUGCUUCAUGAUUUUAUGUUCAUAUUUAAGGUUUUUAUUAUAAGCAAGCGUGGUAUUUUUUUAUUCGUACCGCACAUAGUUUGUGUAUUAUCUUUCUUAUAUAUAUUUUAAUGUAUACAUUUUUGUUGUUGAAAAUAUUUUAGAUGAUUUUCAUUUUGCUUGUAGUUCGAAAUAUUUUUUAAUGUGCUGAAUAUUUGUUUAACAGUUUUGUAAUUUAUGGUAUGUAUAAAGCAAUACUACAAGAACAAACGGUCGAGCAUUUCCUGACGGUUAUCAUCGGCCCACUGCCGAUUUAGUGGCCCGGGGGCAUUUGGUCCGAGAGCUCUUUGACGGCUAUUUCUGAUAAUAUACGUAAGGACCAGCUCUGUCGUAUGCUAUCGUUUGCAUUACGUAUCAUUCUAUUUGUGUCCUUCACUAACAUGAUUUACCAAGUUAGAUUUCUGUAAUUUGUAUUAUAUUAUUUCAACUGAUUCCCUAAUUUAUGACGUAUCUCGUGUGACGUAUAUAUUAGAUUUUGAUUAAUGGUUUUCAUUCAAGAUUCCUUACAAACGUUUUCAUUAACUAGUGUGGUUGUAAUUAAAUCAAAAUUAAAUAAUUGAUGAAAGAACAGAAAAUGGAAGUGCAUAUCAUUCUUUUUUGCUUUUUUCCUUUAACAAUAGAUUAGAGUUAUCAUUGAGAUAAGAUUCUUUUUAUUAAGUUUAUUUGAUAGGCCUAACUCAUCUAUCUGUCAAAUAUUAUCAAUCUACUGUCAGUAACAGUUAAAAUCGACAAUUUUACUACUUCGAUCAAUUAUUUUAUUUUUUGAAUUUUUGAUGAAUUGUUGCUUCUAUUUAUCAACGUUAUAUUUAUUUUUUUAGAUUCUAGAAUGUGCUGCAUACUCUCAACUUCAAAUUCUGUCCAUCACGUUAAAGUAACAACAAUAUGCACAUAAUUGCCUAGAGCUGAUGGAGCUAUCGUAAUUCUUGAAAAAAAUAUAACUUUACUGUUUCAUUUAAAGUUUAUUAUUGUGCACUUAUGGCAUAAAUACAUUUAAAAAGGAGCUUAGUUCCAUACACAAACAUAAUAUGCAAAUUUUACAAUUCCAAUUUACAGUUUUAAUUGCAGUAUAAAGUCAUACAUACAUACAUAUGUUAUAUAUCAACGUAUAUAUCAAAUACGAUAGAGGAGGACAUUUUUUAAACAAAUUUUCCUUUGAUUUAAUCAUUUUCUAGUUUUAGCGACAAAUUGUUUUCGUAUUUAUAGACCAAAUGCAAAUUUAAUGUUUAGGACACUGAUAACCCAAUAAUACAAACGCAAAGUGUUAAAAAUAAUGUAAAAUUAAUUAUACUCAUGCAACAAAAUAUAUAUCUCUUGCUCUGAGACGUCUUAAUUUUCCGUUGCAUUAUUGUUUUGAUAUCCGAUGUUCAGCAUUGUAUAUAUUCUAAAUAUCAAUAUCAAUUAAUUAAAACGUGUGAAUAUGCACAUACUUUAAUAAUUCUGACUGAUCGAUAAUCGAUUGUUAGAUAAUAUUACUCACUAGUUUGUUUACAAAAAUGAUACUUUAAUUAUUUUGAGAAUAUUAUUUAUGUGCUUGAUGAUGUAUCAAUAUAUAUAUGUAAUCAUGUGAAUCUUUUAAAUUGAUGUAUACAGUUUGAUGAACAUUCCCUCAAAUUCAUCUUUCAUAGCUAUUGUAUUACAUGAGUCGCUGCGAAAUAAAUAUAUACUUGAUUUUAAUAAAAUAUAUAGAUUUUUUUAAAAGAUACAGAUAAUUUAAAAAAUAAAUAUAUAUGUUAACAGUUAACAAUUUUAGCUUACUGCAUAACUCAAACAUAUACUGUUUGCAAAAUUGUUUUCAAUGUGUGCUAUUGUUUUGGUUAUAUUGAUGUAAUCGUUCAAUGAAAUAGUCACACUAAGAGGUCCAUUGCUAUUUUGGUUAUAACAUAGCAUCUCCUAGACUUGAUAAGACACUUUUCAGAGAAUAACCUAAUAUUAUGAGAUAUUAAAUCUGUUUGAUUAUAAAAAGGUAAUAUAACUGCUCCAAUAAGCCACAAACAUGUUUUGUGAAAAUAAUGUAUUAUAACAUAUAUACAUAUCAAUGUUUCAUGCUCAUCCUUAUUCGACACAGUUCAUGUAUUUUAUAUAAGAACUGGUUAUAUCAAGGAAUAUUUACUUGUUAAGUGUCCGAUAAAAUAUCUGCAUUAACCAAUGAAUAUUAUAGAAUCCGCGGAUUAUGAAGAAACAUAGUCCAUUCACUGCAUGAACUAUAUGCAUUUUAAAAGCGUUGUUAACUGUUCAUGGUUUAACUUUUAAAUACAAGUUUUAAGCGUG